AUGGUUCGAAAACUCAAAACACACGAGCAAAAAUUGCUGAAAAAGACCGAUUUCAUGCAAUGGAAAGUGGAUCAAGAAGGAAAACAAGGAGAUAUGUUGAAGAAAUUCCACGUGACAAAACGAGAACAUUAUUCACUUUAUAAUACAUUGGCUGCGAAAUCGAGAGAAUUGGCUGAAUUGAUCAAGAAUUUACCGAUGGGUGAUCCAUUUCGAGCCAAAUCUAUUGAUGAUGUUUUGACAAGGUUUUAUCAGGCUGGAUUAAUUCCGACUGGAGAUAGUUUGGAAAGAGUUGGAAAGGUAAGGAGGGGCGUUUUGAGAAAUUAUAAAAUGUUCUGUAAUACAUAUUUCAAGCUUAAGGUUGCUGGAAUUCUAGUUUUCUGAAAUUUGAAAAAAAAUCCUCGAGUUCUAGAAUUUUAUGCUGAAAUUUUGGAAAUUGAAGAAUUGUUUAUGUAUUUAGAGCUGCAAUUUUUAACGAAAUUGCGGAAUUUAGAGCAUUUCUUACCUCUGGUAACUUCAAAUUACGAUUUUUGACGGAAAAUUCGAUAUUUUUGUUAGAAUUGUGUUUUUCGUAUAGCGAAGUAAAAAAAAAUCAACGUCUUAAUUAUGAAAAUUUUGAAACAGUGAAAUAUUGAAAAAAAUAAAAUUGAGAGCCGAAAUCCAUUUUUUAAUCAGAAUUUUGUAAUCUACUUAUACCACUCAGAACAUUGCUCAAAAUUAUCAUUUAAAGCUAUAAAAAUUUUGAAACAGCAAUUUUUUUAAACAUUUUUUUCUCUUUUUUUUUUGAAGAAAAUUUUUUUUUCAAAAUUUUCAAGAAUUUUUUCGAGUCAAAAAUUCACUGUUUCAAAAUUUUCAUUAAAUUUCAUGCAUAGAUUUCAAUUUUAAUGACACGGAUACAUCUAUUUGCAAAUAAUUUUUUUUUCAAACAAAAAUUCACUGUUUCAAUUUUUUUAUAAUUUGGAAAAUUUUUGAAAUGUACAGUUUCGUGAAUAGUUUGAAAAAUGAUUCGAAAAGUUAACUAUGACGUGGCAAAAUGUUAUCCUCAAUUUUCCAGCCAAAAAUGUGUCUUUCAGGUAACCGGCGCCAGUUUUGCUCGUCGUCGAAUUCCAGUUGUUAUGAAAAAUUCGGGAAUGGUUGAUAGCGUUAAAACAGCUAGCGAUUUGGUGAGUUUUCACCCCUGGAAACGGAAAAUCCGAGAUUUUCAGCGAUUUUUAGACCUGGGAGCUUAAAAUUCAAAAUUUAAUUGCAGGUCGAACAAGGUCACGUGCGAGUUGGCACAAAAUUGAUCACCGAUCCCGCAUUUAUGGUAACUCGCUCUUCAGAAGAUAUGAUAACUUGGACAAAUGCCAGCAAAAUCAAGAAACAUGUUUUGGAUUAUAAUAAUACACGCGAUGAUUUUGAUUUGAUUGUUUGA